UUUUCUAAGGAUUGUCCAAAUAUGUUUAUGUGUUCAGGUAUAAUCAUGAAGCUCAUUCUUGCUGUGCUGGUGGUGUUUUUGGUGGUUGGGACCCAGGCGCAGUCGUACCGCUUCCCAGUAGAAGCCGUUCUAGGUUCGUGGGACAUGGGGAAAGCCUACUGGCAUAUGAGGCAGGCCAACUAUAAGAACUCAGACAAGUAUUUCCAUGCACGUGGGAACUAUGAUGCUGCAAACAGAGGCGCGGGAGGCAGAUGGGCAGCCGAAGUCAUCAGUGAUAGAAGAGAGACUCCAUUAAUGGGUUAUGGUAACAGCGGCAAGUCUGAUUCUGAAGCCGACCAGGAGGCCAAUCGCUGGGGGCGUAACGGUGGAGACCCCAACCGCUACAGGCCCGAAGGCCUUCCCACGAAGUACUGAAUACAGAAAA